CCGACAGUCAAGCGGGGCCAGUGUCUCGCGCCGCGCGAUCAAACCGCCACGCGCUCGGAAUUCAAACCUAGAAAAAAAAUAUUACAAAAAAAAAAUAUUUCAUAAGUUGCCAGUGUUUUGUGACAGUGAUCCCAGUGAAAACUAUUAUUUUUUGGAGUGUUUUUGGAUGCCGAUGGCGGCGCGGUGAUGGUGGCGUGUCGGCGCGCGGUGGCGCUGUGGUGCGCGGUGGCGCUCGCCGCCACUGCCUCCGGCUACACGGUGGACUGCAACCAGGAGUACACCGACUGCGAGACUGAGCUCAGUAAAUUGUCAGAAGAUGAAGACUUACCGUUACCAAAUUCGUUCAGUUCCAAUUCAGAAAUAAAACGACCGCCAAUGAUACGAGCAACGACAACAACAACAUCAACAACGACGACGACGACGACGACGACGACUACAGAGAGUCCUCAAACAACAACUGAAGUUAUAGAAAGUAGGACAGAGGAGUCAAUGACUGGAAUACCAGAUGAGACAUUGAGACCUAGUCCAAGAUUACUAUUUUCCAAUGCAGAUGAUUUACAAAACUUCGCUAAUGCACUACACAAUCAAAGUCAGGCUUUAGACAAAAAGAAAGAUUUAAUUGACCUCAGUGAUGUAAAUCUAGAUGAUGAAGAAGAGCCUGUUAAGUUGACACAGUUACCAGCACAAAUACCUAAAAUGGGUAAGGAUAUCAACGACAAGUUUUUUUCCAAUCUGCAAGCACCAUUUCAUUCUAUGCUCGUUGGUGUUGGUGACAUGGAAGAGGAUUCAGAUACGUGUAAAGAAAAUGAUGUAGUGUAUAAGGUUGGUGAGAGGCUGGAGCGCGGUUGUGAAGAGUCGUGCGAGUGUGUCCAAGGGGGUACAUUCGAAUGCUUCCCUCGCUGCAAGCACCCAUACAUCCGCCGCGGAAGGAGGCUGAACGACCCUCUCUGCUUCGAGUCCCCGGUGGACGAAUGCUGUUCCAUCAUUGCUUGUGCUACUGGAAAUGAAGGUAAAGGUACCAAGUUGGAAAUAUGUCGGUAUGGAAAUGAAACUCAUACUGUUGGCGCGAAAUGGUUUGUAGGGUGUGAGCAAACCUGUAUCUGCGAGCCCAAUUCAAUCGUCACCUGCAAACCUAGAUGUAAUCCGAUACGAGCGUCCGAGAACUGCAUUAACGUGCAGGACCCCAACGACGCGUGCUGCGAGAUCCAGGUCUGCGAUGUCUCUCACGACGCUCAUGAGGAACCCGAGAACAUCACGUCUAGCACCACCACUACCACCACGACUACCACUACCACUGAGCUCAUUCCUGAACUAGCCCAUAUUCAAGAAGUACAUCAAAUGAUAAGCAUGACGGAACCCUCCGUGCUCAAGUCAACCAUGAGGCCGUUGGUGCUGGCGGAACCGAUUGGUUCCGUGAAAGUGUUACAAAACAACACAGUGCAAGUGAACCUCAUACACUCCAAUAGUUCCGAAGACCCCAUACAUCUCCAACUAAGCAGCGACGGAGGCAAAACAUUCCAAGACGUACAACUCAUAUACUCAAACCUAAUUCUCAAUCUGGAAGGUGGCAAAGAUUACGUCAUUAAAACUAAAGAGACUGGCACUAGAUUCAAUUUCACUAUAACUACCACUGAUAAUAAUCAGAAUGAGGUGAAGCCUACUGAAGAAAUAAAGUACAACCUCCCGAAGAUUGGAUGUAUUCAAGAUGGACAAUUCUAUGAUGUCGGGGAAGAAUUUCACAUAGGUUGCUCAGAACUAUGCGAAUGUACUGGUCCAAAUAUGCGAGAAUGCGCUGCAUUGGUGUGCCCCUCUCACGUUGGACUUGAGCUGAUGUCCAAGAACUGCGUCCGGUGGGCUCCAAACCCGCCUGCGGAGCCCCCCAACUGCUGUCCUAGGGCUGCGAGGUGUCUCAGCGAUGGAACAUGCCAUUACAAAGGAGUGGCAAUACCAAACUGGACAGAAGUACCUGUCUCGGUAUCAGGGUGCGAAGAGCGGUGUUUCUGUGAGAAUGGAGAGCUGGACUGCACAGAGGCGUGCACGGCCCUCCCGGCCGUCCCCCCGCAGACCCUGCGCUGCCCCCCCCUGCACCGCCCUGGACCCGUCAACAUCUCAGACGAAGACUGUUGUAAGCAAUGGGGAUGCGUGCCCAUUGGGACAAUGGGGACAAACUUCGGAACACACGAUGCCCUUCCUGCGUUUUUGCCAACUGUACCUCCCGACGACCGAGUCCACUUCCCGCAAGAGGAUAUUGCAGAUUAUGACCAAAACAACAUCCAUCGUCCAGGGAAUCUGUUACCGCCUGGUCUUCCCAUGCCUCCCGUACCAUACGGAGAUGAUAACAAGAAAUUAUCUGUAUUGUCCAUGCAAGCGGACUCUCCGUCAAGUGUCAAAAUGCUGUUUGGAUUGCCAUCAGUCCUUGUUGGCUUAAGAGGAAGCGUCGAUUUGAGAUAUACAGAUCAAGCUGAUGACGACAUCUCCCACUGGCACUCGCAAGUGUUCGCGCCGACGGACGAGGUGCUGACGACUCCUCGACUGGAGUUCACACUAUCGGGCUUGAAGCCGUCCACCACGUACAAGAUCAGGGGGAAGCUGUACCUCCACAACCUGCCCGUCGAGCCUGAGAGCGAGAUCAGAAUCGUCAGGACCUUGGAUCCACCCACGGCCGUUCCAACGGAAGAGAAACGUCGGGAAGUGGAUAGCAACCUCUCAGUUAUGGACGUCAAUGACACAGUAGCUCAUGUCAGCUGGAGGCACUUCACUGAAGAGGAAUUGCAACUUAUCGAUGGUAUCCAAGUCAGAUACCGUCCCAUCGGCACCCCAAUAUACAGCAUGACGGAGCUACUCCACCACGGGCGCUCCAGUGCAGAGCUCCAUGACUUGCGACCCGGGACGCGGUACGAAGCGUCCCUGGUACUGGUGCCUCCGCCCAAGGCCUUUACUGAACUGCAUGACCCUGGCAGGGUCGAGUUCACCACUUCGCCUUAUGUUGAUCCCUACAACUGGACUGUGACCAUCGAAGCGCGAGCAGUAGGGUCCGAGGCAGCUGAACUGACCUGGCGAGGAGUUCCCUCACCAGCCGAGCGCUGGGUGCGCGUGUACCGCGCCGCGCAUGCGUGUGGAGCUAGCUCGUCAGUUAGAAGGGAACAUGAUGCCUUCCGAUUGGCUGCCAGGGAUCUGCCUCCAGCGGUCACGUUAACUGGCUUGGAACCUAACACCAGGUGUCGAGUCUGGUUAGAGCUGUUCCUGACAAACGGAAAAGUGAAGACGAGUAACGUUCUAGAAAUUAACACAAAGACACAGGAUUCUCCAGAACCUAUUGACAAUGAAAUCGAAUCGGCAUCGAUAGCAGGCAGUCGCACCAGCUCCCGGACGGACUACUACGGUGCUCUGGUGGUGGUCGGGGUGGUGGCGGCGCUGGGGGCGCUGACGUCACUACUGUUGCUGCUGGUGGUAGUCCGCAGACACCACACCCGCUCCGUACCUAUCACCACCACCCCAUCAGCUCCCCGUGAGUCUUCAUUACCGCCAUACGACAACCCAGCGUACAAACUAGAGCUUCAACAGGAAACUAUGGAUCUCUGACAGUUAAGUUCCCGUGGGCACACCAACGGCCUGAACGGGAUCUCAGAACGCAGCGUGGACGCGCCGAACGGCCGCCCGUACAACGAAAUGGGCGUUUGAACACUCAGUGUAAAUAGUGACUUAUGACUGACAUAGUGCAAAAGUAGUAGGAAAAAUACCCUACUGGUAACUUUGUGGCUCCCUCGACAUAUUGUGAUCGUGACCAACAAUGUACAUUCUUUCUUGCGACGAUACAAAGGUUGUAGUAAGAGAACGGCUCACUAGCGCUAUUUUUAUCAAUUUAUUUUAAUUUACUUUAGGAAAAAAAAAGUUACAGUGAAAUUUGGAAAAAAUGCCGAAGGAGAUUACACUAGAUGAAAAACGUGAUGACGGCGCUAGUUUGGUCCAGUCUUAAGUGUACACAAAAUGCGGUCAUGAUCAUGGCUGUCCAACUCAGAAAGUGUAAAAUUCAUAGAGCAACACGAACACCUUGCAUGUGUUGCGUUGCUCUAAUGCAGUGGUUGAAAGGCAAAAGGCACAUUCUGGUAGUUACUCCGAUGAUUUAGGUUAUAAAUACUUUGAUAAGUGUAAAUUUAUCUUUAUAAAAUUAUAUUUAGUUAGAUAGUUAUUGAGAUGACAUUGGUGUGGUUUGUGAUUUUACAAACCUUUUGUUCAAAUUGUUCUUAUAAUAAUUCUUUAGUUACUUAUUGGAAAUUAUACAUUUUGGUUAUUAUAACACAAUGAAUGUACCACACCAAUGACGUGUAAGUACCGUCGAAGCGAUGAGUGAGUGAAUCAUUUAGAAUGUAGAAUUGUCAAGUUUAAGUUUAAUGUUGCCAUUUAUAAAAAUUGUAAUGUUAAUAAUUUAAUUUCCUAUUGUAACUUAAUUUUUCGAAUGGCCAAAAUCACAAUGGAGAAACACUUUUUAAAAUGUUCAGUGUAAAUAUUGUAAUAAAUCGCGUUUAAUUUUAAUGAAUCUCUUAAACUUUAUUAUAUCAUAAUAGUAAUAAACUUUGUAAAAUACUAAAUCUACCGGAUAUGAAACGAAAGCUUAACUUUGUUAUAAUAUUACUGUAAUAUAGUUCUUUUUAUACAAACAUAUUUUUUUAUUAUUAUCCCCAAUUUAUUUCGGGUAUACAAAGGGAAAGGAGUAGCAAUUACAAAAACGUCGUUUAAUUCAAAUACAACACCAAAUCACAUUAUAUUUUCUAUUAAUAAUACAUUAUAUAUUUCUUCUUUAUAUGAUUGUUUUCUUAACGUCUAUCCUAACCAUUGUCUAUGCCCAUUUAAUAAGUAUUAUAUAGCCCUUACACACAACUGGAUAUAAUCAUGGAAUUGAAAAACACUGAUAUUUUAUUAUAUAUUUAAUAUUAAACGUAUGCAUUCUUUAAGAAAAUAGAUAUAAAGAACUGUUACCAAACUCGUAUUCAAUGAUACUGGGCCCAAAAGGAAGUACUUUUUAAUAAUGUAAUUAUAAUUAUAUAAAUACUUUUACAAUAAUCUUAUAGUAACGAUAAUUUUUCUAAUAUAUUCUUUGUUAAUAUUUUUUUAGGAUAUGUAUAUGUAUCAUUCUUUAUGCGCAUAGCGAAUGAUACAUAUAAUAUUUUAAAUUAAAAACAUUCAAAUGAACUUUAUUUAGCUGGGUUAAAUACAGUUCCUUUGAUUUUAAAUUAAUUAAAAGUAUAUAAAAUAUUAUAUAUAACUCAAAUAACAAAUGUAUAGAAAACUUAUAAAAUAACAAACGAUUGAGGAAAAUAUACCUUUUUAAAUAACAUUUGUUAACUGAAAUUAACCUCAAAUAGAUCGUUCGUGGAUAUAAAUAUUACUUUGUUUCUGUAGUUCAGCAUUUGAUAUGUUCCCUAGCUAUGGUCAUUUUAUAUAAAAUUUAACAAAUAUUUUAAAACGGAAGGUAACAAGAUUUUUUAAAUAUAUAAAUCAUACAUAGAUAUUAUAUUAUAUUCCAAAUACAUUUAAAAUAAUGAUCAAAGGUUACUGACAGAAUAUUUUUAAAAGUCAAAAAGUACACGAAAUCAUAUACAGUAAUAAAAAAGCUAUGUCUAGAGAUCAAAUGAAAACAAUAAUAAUAAAUAAAAGGAGAUUUGUCCAACAAAGGGACGAACAAUGUCAAAAUUAAAUUAAAUAUCAGAGACCGUUUAUAAAAAUCAUUACUUUUACAAUUUCCUAACAUCAAUGUAAUACUUUAGAAAUAGUAAAUAAUAAUGUUCAAAAUUUUGAUACGCUUUUCGUAAAUUUCAAUGUAUUACAAAGAUGUUGCACGAUUUUUUACACUCCCGCAUAUAAAGUAGAUACAAAAAUUGAGCUCUACGAUCUCAAAAAUAUAUGUUUAAUCUUUAUUUUACUUAUAUGAAAUAAGAGUUUUUAUUAUAGUACUUGACUAGCAUCUGUAUUAAUCAAUAAAGCAUCAGAAUGAAAAGUCCAACCAUCGAUUUACAUCCUAGUACCUUAUUGGUAAAGAUUGUAGGUAUAAAUCCU